AUGCGUCGUGUCCCCGUGGAGAAGAGGAGCAACUCCACGCGUCUCGUGCAGAGCCAAGGCUUGGUCUUCGCCGACCUCGUCCCGUCCGACGCCUCGGAGCCCUACUGGCCGGACGACCGAUACUACUCCUUCACGCUCGAGGAAAUCACACUCCUCGAGCACGCCGCCAAGGACGUUUUUGACAUGUGUUGCGAGGCGGUCGAAUACCUCGUCGGGCACCCGGACAUCAUCACCAACAAGAUGGCGGUCCCCGCGUUUGCGCUCAAGCAGAUCAAGGAGUCGUGGGACCGCGAGCCCGCCUGGGGCAGCAUCUACGGGCGCUUCGAUGUCUGCUUCGGGGGCCUCGACCACCCAGACCCGAGGCUGCGCGUGCCGAGGUUGUACGAGUUCAACGCGGACACGCCCACGACCCUCGUCGAGGCGGCUUCCAUCCAGUGGCUGUGGCUCGAGCAGACCGGCCACGGCAACGACCAGUUUAACAACCUAACGGAGGCAUUGAUUGAAGGAUGGAAGCGCAACCUCACGCUUAUUGAAAAAGAGCUUGGCCAUAAACCAACCGUCUACUUUGCUGUUGGCGAAGGCGACCCCACAGGCGAGGAUGCUAUGAACACGAUGCUCCUAAUGGACACAUGCGAACAGGCGGGCUGGUCCACUAAAGCCAUGUCUAUGGAGGAGAUCUCCCUGUCUACUAAGGACGAACGCUUCUACGACAUGCAGGGCAACCACAUUGACGUCAUCUUCAAGCUCUACCCGUGGGAGUACAUGGUUGAACAGCAGUUCGCAGAAGCGUGCUUCAAGGACAUGGACAACAUCGGCAAGCGCGACAAUGAGGGAAAUUACAUCGGCGGGACUGUCUGGAUCGAGUCGCCGUAUAGGAUGCUGUGGAGCAACAAGUCGCUCCUGGCGAUCCUCUGGGACCUAUUCAAGGAUGAUCCGCGGUCCAAGUGGUUGCUCCCGGCGUACUUCGACGGCGAGGCACCUGCUUCGCUGACCAGCUUUGCGCGCAAGCCCAUCUUCGCACGUGAAGGUGUCGAUAUCGUGCUGAAGGACAACGGCAAGGUGAUACAGGAUGAGUCUGCGGGAGUGUACGGAGCAGAGGGAUAUGUUGUGCAGGAGCUUGCGUUACCGCCCGAGUUCAAGGAUACGCAGGACAAGUCGCAUUACCCUGUGCUUGGUCUCUGGAUGGUCGACGGCGAAAUAGCGGGGAUGGGAAUUCGCGAGGACGAGUCGCCGGUGACCACCAACGCCUCGGUAUUUAUUCCACAUUCCAUUGAGGAUGGGCCUGUCAACUACCAGCGGCAGACGGUUCCUGAUGAAGAGGGAAUCGAACUGGCGCUUAGAGUCGAUGCGCUCCAUGAUCAGUUCGAUGAGGGCGGGGAGAACGAUUUGAUCAGUUAUAUCAAGAGAGUUAUAAUUUAA